CGUAAUUUUGGCGGGGGUAUUAAAUUUGAAAACGCUUUGCCCUUUUCUGCUGUUUCUCUCUGCGCUCAGAAUCUUUCAUCACUCUGUUAUAUUUCGCUUUUUAUUCUUUUUCCUGGGCAUCUAUUUUGUUUUGUUUCCGCUCCACAAUCUUUAUUUCUAUUUAUAUCAGCUGGUGUUUGUAUAACUGUUUAUAUUUUACUUUCUGAUACAAUGGACUGUUCCUACACCCCAGAAAUCCCAGUUUCAUCUCCGCGUAAAGUGAAGGGUCAGAUUCAGAUCAUCUUCGGACCGAUGUUCUCAGGGAAAAGCACAGAACUAAUGCGUCGGGUGAGAAAGUUUCAGAUUGCUCAAUACCAAUGUCUUGUGGUAAAGUAUGCAAAGGAUAUUCGAUACAGUAAAGAAGAUCUGUCUACACAUGACAGGUCUACAAUGCAGGCAGUUCCUGCAACAAAGCUGAGUGAGGUUACUCAAGAAGCUUUGAAAUAUUCAGUUAUCGGAAUUGACGAAGGACAGUUUUUUCCAGACUGUGUCGAAUUUGCAGAGGAAAUGGCUAACAAAGGAAAAACUGUGAUUGUGGCAGCACUGGAUGGAACUUUCCAAAGGAAAGCUUUUGGCAACAUUCUAAACCUAGUUCCCCUGGCGGAGAGUGUCGUGAAACUGAGCGCUGUGUGCAUGGAGUGCUACAGGGAAGCUGCCUAUACCAAGAGGCUGGGGAGUGAAAAAGAGGUCGAAGUGAUUGGUGGAACAGACAUGUACCGAGCAACCUGCCGGCUCUGCUAUUUUGCAAAUGGUAAUCUGUUGUGCGUGGAGAGCGACAAGGAAAACAGUAGGCAGGAAGAUGCACGUCACUUUAUAGCAUCAAAGCAACUUGCCUACAAGGAACAGGGCAAGUCACCAAGAAAACUCUUUGAAAAUCUGCAGGUCUGAAAUUAACCCUGCAGCCUGUGCCAUGCCCCAGUCUUGCAAAUUUUCUGUACUUUCUAAAAAGGUGUUGACCCAUGUCGGGUGCAAUUCCAACUCUUCAAUGCUUUGUCCCACGAGGUGAUCCUUCGUACAAAUCUGGGCAACUUAAUUGGUCAGACACAUUGCAGUCAAGGCUAAUUCACUUUUUUUCUUCUACAUUUGCACUUCCAGUUGGAGACAAGAAUAUUCACAAUGCUGUAGUGUUUGAUAACUGCAGCAUUGCAUCUUUUCUUGUUUGCAAGUUGGAAUUUACCACUUAAUACUGACUGCACUAUUUCAAAAAGGCCAAAAGUGCCCUUUUGAAACUUCUGUUGCAUUUUAACUGUGGCAGAGGGACUGGUUCAGUUCUCUUGAACUUUGCACUUUUCCCUGUGAGCCAACAAUCAAACUUUGAAUUAUUCUGUCCAAUACCACAAAUGCACCUUUCAGUGAUAUACACCCAUCUCUGCCCCUGCCCAAAGUUAAAGCAGCAGUAUCUAAUGCUUGUUUCUUAAAUUCAGUGCAUACAUUUUAAAAUAGUUUUUCUAAUUAGGUGCCAUGUCUUUAUUCAUUUAGCCACACAGGAGCUUUACAGCAUAGUUCAGUACCCACAAUCUCAAUUACCUGCUCAGAAACAGUGAGAAAAUCUUCCAGUCCCCGAUGUGUUCUUUAAUUGGUAUGCCAAUGCAGGUUAUUGUGACAGAACUCUUUUGUUGCAAAUAAUUAACUUAUUCCAGCUUCUAGAUGCAGACAAGGAUUGCUAUGAAGAGGAGUAGAACAGAGGUGGGAGUGGAAGAAAAAAAAUGAACCUUGUUUAUCAGCUGUCAUUAUCUAUUUUUAAACUGAGUAAGUUAAUGGAACUAGUUUAAACAAAAACCAUGAACUGUAAAAGUCAAUUGAUCAAUCUUCACUGCCAUUAGAAUUGGUGAUAUUUUAGUGAUUAGAGUGCUCAGAAUAGACCAGUGCAUCUUAAAUCCAAUGGCUGUCAGCUACUUUGUUUCCAAUUUUUACAAUAUUUAAAAAAUAAAAGUGAAUUAUGUCUUA